CAGGAAGGGCUACUUUGUUGAUCUGCCAUUUUACUCAGCUGCUUAAGUUUUUAAAAAGGAAGUAGAGAAACAGUCUGAGAUGUCCUUCACUUCUGUAUAUGUUUCACAUUUUGGUGAAAACAAAGGGACUGAAAAAGGCCCCAGGUCCACAUCUACCCCGCAUACCUACCCCAGACAUCCUUCAGCAGACGUUUCUCUUCAGCUGCAACCAUUUACACCUGAAUUGGUUGAAAAUUGUGACAAGGAUGAAUAUCGGUUUUUCUGCCCUCAUGCGGGUCAGUUUAUGUGCAAAUUGACCAACAUUGUGUUUGAGAUGGAAAGUGAAGGGGAAGUGAAGUACAAAAUAAUGGACUGGGACAGCUGGCUCCUAAACAAAUUACCCCAAAAGGAACCUGCAGGGCCUCUGUACAAUAUUGAUGGCCCAGAAGAUUCAAUCCGUCGUCUUCACUUCCCACAUUGUGAGAUCGGUAAAGGCAAAGCAAAACUGACUGUAGCACAUGUGACUAAUGAUGAUGUGGAGAUCAUUCAACCGACAAUAGUGACAGACACACACGUGAUCAUAAAUGUUCAGAGUCUCUCCCCCUUUGGUUUAAGUCUUAGUUCCUCUAUUUCUACUAAAGGUUACUCUCUUUCCUCAACCUCUAGAUCCUCAACCUCAGACUCAGCAAGUGCAUCCAGCUGGUCGAAUGAUUCAGCUGCUUCUCCCUUCUACCUACAUGAGGCCUGUUCCAGCUGAAUUUAGGACUGUUUACCAUCGCUUUCAGCUGUGUCAUCUGACCCAUGAACUCUCUAUGUUCUUGGACCAGCUCCACUCUCCUGAACUUACUGUGCCUCUGACUCGCACUUCCUUCACCCAAACUCAUUUGUCUGACCUCGUAGAUCAGGGAACUCAAACUGACGGCUGUCCUCAUGCUGAAACUUGCUGCCCUGCACUUAGAACUCCUGCCUCUCCUCCAUCUCCUGUUUAGCAUCUUCUCCUUCUGAUUCUGAAACUGGAUCCCCAGAUUACACUCUGUCAGGACUCAGCCCGGACUUUGGCCAUGUGCUUUUGUGUACGUUCUGUGUUCACGUGUCUGCCCCGUCCUUGUCUCUUCCUGCCCGCUUCUGCACACCUGUUCCUCAUGUUUCUGAUUGUCUUGUUUAUUUAGUUGAGCCGCGUUGCCUUGAGCAGCGCGGAAUCCUCUGUUGUCUUUCGUUUUGUCCUGGUGUCUUUUGUUGUCGUGUCUCGAGUCAGUGUCCAUGUUUCGUGUUUUUUUGUUAAUAAACCCUGUUUUUCUUUUAAGCUA